AUGAUAGAUCGUCGACAUCGUAAAGCGAUUAUCCUGUCCACUGUCAUUGCAAUUGUAUUCUGUUUAAGUUGGUUACCAAUUAACACGUUGAAUGUAAUCAGUGAUAUGCGUGAGCUGGAAAUUGUAACCGCCUAUGAUUUAGCUUUUAGAAAUUUAAAAACUUACAAAACCAAUCAAAAUAUAUCAACGAAUAAUAAUAAUAACAACAGUACCGUGAAGAUUGAAUCGACCGCCCCUAGCGGUGAUUCAAUGUCUCAACAUUCAAUCACCAUUUUAAAAGCGAUCAGUAAAAUAAAGAGUAUAGAAGCCAAUAACAUCGAUGCUAUCACUGUUAUCAUAACACAAGCUUUAUGCUUACUGUUAAUUUUAAGUUCUGCUUGUGUUAAUCCAAUCCUCUAUGGUUGGUUGAAUAAAUCUUUUCGAUCAGAAUUCUAUCAAGUAUUUCAUAUACACUCGACAAUACUGCCAAAUAUAAAGUCUUCGCAUAAAAAUAUUACUCAAGAUAUAACUAGUAAUAAUCGAAACAAUGAGACUGGGCAUAGAUAUAUCCAUAGUGAACAAGCAGAGUAUAUUGAACAAAUACCAAAUUAUCAAUUUGUAAAUCAUGUAACUACAAUUGAUACAACCAGAAAUAAUAGUAAUCAUAAACAAUUAAUAAUGAAAAAAAUGAAAGAAUGCAAAAAGUCAACUGAAAAGCGUUCAUUAUCAUCGACACAAGAUUCAUGUACAGUCUUCUCAUUGUUCACAUCACGAUCAGUGGAAUUGAAUUCAACGCAGAUGUCAAGUAAUAGUGGAAGUAAUAAUACAACUAGUAAUAAUAAUAAUAAUAAUAACAAUAAUUCUAAUAUUAAUAAUAAUAAUAGUAAUACAAAUGAUUCUUAUGAUACUAUAUCACAAACAAUAAGAAAUAGUUUCAUAUCAAAAACUGAAGAUCAUUCAACUGCUUCCAAUGAAAUAUCUGUACAAAUUAUGAAUUAUGAACAAGAUCAUGCACAAUCAUUGGCAAAUAAUCGAAAUACUGUGCAUUCGAAUAGUACAAGCGUGAAUACUUCAUUGAAAAGAUACUUUCUCCUGGAUAAACCUGAAGAAGAUGACGAUGACGAAUGUGAUAUUAUUCCUGAAUCGGAUAGUAUCACAGAUCCUACUCAUCUUAGAUAUCUACCUGAUAUAACAUCUGUGUAAAGUGAACUAAAUGAAAAUCUUUAUAUUACAUAUAUAUUUGUGUUUUCUACGAAAAAUAAUAUUCUUUUUCUGAAGAUUUCGUUUUGCCGCUUUUCUGCUUUUUUUCUGUGUAUCUAUGUGUUUGAGUGUAUUUAUUUAAAUGUACUGAAUAAACUAUUUGUGUAUUGUUA